GAAAAGCUCACACUCAUGUAACUAAGGGAAAUUAACUGUAGAUGUGAAUGUGUGCUCCGGUAGGCUACUUCAGUUAUGUGAGUGGAAAGCAAGCAAAGGAAUUAACCGUACCGUGUGAGGACCGUCUUGAGAGAAGUUAAGAACCACCAGUUGAAGACAAUCCACCCAGACCAGAGGCACUCUCCAUGACUGUAUCUUAAUCUGUGAAGAGAAAAAACAUCAGAAACAGGUUUCACAGGAAACCUGCCUCCUGGACCAGGUGCUGGAGCUUAUUAUGAAUGAGAAGUCCGCCAACACCGCCAGCCUUUUCCUGAACGAGGACGCCGACAAGCCCACCCUCCCUGAACGAGGCCUCUGGCGGCGGCUAAGUAGGGCCAUGCAGAAGAGAUCGGCCAGUGGCAAAGACACGAUGAGCUCCAUCACUAAGGAGAGCGUCAAGGGCUUCCUGAGACGCAACCUCUUUGUCCUCCUCACCAUCGCAGCAGUGGCUCUGGGUGUCAUGCUGGGUUUCGCCCUGCGGCCCCACAACCUGACCCUCAGGGAGAUCAAGUACUUUGCCUUCCCUGGAGAGCUGCUGAUGAGGAUGCUGCAGAUGCUGGUUCUGCCUCUCAUCAUCUCCAGCCUGGUCACAGGUAUUUCCUCUCUGGACAGCAAAGUGUCUGGGAAGAUGGGAAUGCGGGCUGUGGUUUAUUACAUGGUGACCACCCUCAUCGCUGUCUUCAUUGGCAUGGUCAUUGUGAUUGUCAUCAAACCAGGGAAAGGCCAUAGGGACAGCCCAGUGGCCUCUAGCGGUACCAUAGAGCCGGUACAAGCAGCUGACGCUUUCCUGGAUCUCAUUAGGAACAUGUUCCCACCUAAUUUGGUGGAAGCCUGUUUCAAGCAGUACAAAACAGUCUACAAGAAGACCAUCUACACCAAGAACGUGACCGUUGCCCUCAACCUGACUGACUCCCUAAACGCUACAGAGGCUGCCUUGGCUGCUAACAUGAGCAGAGUGCUGCAAACCAUCCAAGAGACAGUGGUGGAGACGAUCCCAGUGUCUGGUUCCUCUAACGGGGUGAACGCCCUGGGUCUGGUAGUGUUCUCCAUGUGCUUCGGCCUGGUCAUUGGCAGCAUGAAGCAGCAGGGACAGGCUCUCAGGGACUUAUUCAACUGCCUCAAUGAAGCCAUCAUGCGCCUGGUGGCCAUCAUCAUCUGGUACGCUCCAGUGGGCAUCUUGUUCCUGAUAGCAGGUAAGAUCGUGGAGAUGAAGAACCUGGCCGAGGUGGGAGGUCAGCUGGGGAUGUACACGGUGUCUGUCAUUGUGGGUCUGCUCAUCCACGGCCUCUUCGUCCUGCCCCUGCUCUAUUUCCUGAUCACCAGGAAGAACCCAUACACCUUCAUCGCUGGCCUGCUGCAGGCCCUCAUCACUGCCCUGGGGACAUCCUCUAGCUCUGCCACCCUGCCCAUCACCUUCCGCUGUCUAGAGGAGAACAACCGUGUGGACAAGAGAGUGACACGUUUCAUGCUACCCGUGGGUGCCACCAUCAACAUGGAUGGCACUGCCCUCUACGAGGCUGUGGCAGCCAUCUUCAUUGCCCAGGUCAAUGACAUGGAACUCAGCUUUGGCCAAAUCCUCACCAUCAGUAUCACGGCAACAGCUGCCAGCAUCGGAGCAGCAGGCAUCCCACAGGCUGGUCUGGUUACCAUGGUGAUUGUAUUGACAUCGGUGGGACUGCCCACAGAGGACAUAACGAUGAUCAUUGCUGUGGAUUGGUUCCUGGACCGACUGAGGACCACUACCAAUGUGCUGGGGGACUCUCUGGGGGCGGGCAUCGUGGAGCACCUGUCGCGCAAGGAGUUGCAGAGCCAGGAUGUUGAGGUGGGCAACUCAGUGAUCGAAGAGAACGAGAAGUCCUACCAGCUCAUCUGCCAGGAGAACGACUCAGUGAAGCACCACAACAGUGAGACCCCCAUGUAGGGGUCAGGACAGGGGAAUGUAUAGGCCCAGUCUGAAAACAACCACUAGCCUCCACUGUACUUAUUCAGUGUUUGUAGAAUGGAGGAACUGGAUACAGUAGAUGCAAGCAAAAUGGGGAAAGAUAUUGGAUGCCUAGGUUGCUAACACCUACAGUACCCGUCAAAAG